UAUACUGUGCUGCCAUGGUUCGUCCCUAGCGAUAUUCCUUAGGCUAUGGUACAAUAUAUUUCAAUUGGUCCACCGAGAGAUAUUUGAGAAUUGAUCCAUAUACAAUAACGUUUAUUGGUCAACUGCUGAACUGUCUUUUCGAGAUGUGGAAGGGAUUGAAUUUAAUUGGAUCAUAAAGCGUCAAUAAAAAUACGUGAAUACCAUUCGUUCUAUCAAUCUUUCAUUUGAUCGCACGCCUGACAGGCGAUGCGCGUGGCUCUGUGAUGGCCCUGUUUCACACUUUUGUAAAUUCAACAUUUUUAUGAUAUUUAUCUACAUAGUAACUUCCAUAGUGUAAUUUAAUUUAAAUUAUUUUAUUUAUGCCUUUCUCAAAUAUGGCAAACCAAACUCAGAAAAUCGUUUACAAGCUGGUUCUAACCGGAGGACCCUGUGGUGGUAAAACUACUGGACAAUCACGUCUUAGCACUUUCUUUGAAAACUUAGGAUGGAAGGUGUUCCGGGUGCCGGAAACGGCUACCGUGCUCCUCAGUGGUGGUAUAAAGUUUGCAGAUCUCUCCCCAGAUGAAGCCUUGAAAUUCCAGGAAAACCUUCUGAAGACUAUGAUACAGCUUGAGAAUACAUUCUUCGAGCUGGGUCGCACUUGCCAAAGGAACUGUCUUAUCAUUUGUGACCGCGGCGCUAUGGACGCUAGUGCAUUUAUUUCAAAAGAGAAGUGGGAGGCAUUGUUGUCUAGUAACAACUGGAACAGCGUUGAGUUGCGCGAUAACCGUUACAACCACAUAGUUCACAUGGUUUCCGCCGCCAAUGGAGCAGAAGAUUUCUACUCUACCGAGGACCAUGCGUGCCGGUCGGAAGGCGUUGAACUCGCCCGAGAAUUGGACUACAACGCAGCAGCGUCUUGGAUUGGCCACCCUUACUUUGACGUGAUCGACAACUCCACCGAUUUUGACAAGAAGAUGAACAGACUCAUCGCUUGCGUUUGCCAAAAGAUCGGCAUAGACACCGGGGACCGGCUCAACGUCAACUCGAAGAAGCGCAAGUUUCUCGUCAAGUCUCCCCUCGUGCCCGACGCGGAGUUUCCUGCCUUCCAAGAUUUCGACGUCGUCCACAACUACUUGCAGAGCGAUGUACGCAAGGCUCAAGUCAGGCUUCGGAAGCGCGGCCAGAAAGGCCACUGGUCUUACAUUCACACUAUCAGAAAAUUCCAUCCAACCAAUGGACAGUCUGUUGAAGUGCGGACGCAGUUAAGCCAUCGGGAUUACUUGAACAUGCUGCAGCAAAGAGAUGACGCUCACUUGACUAUUUAUAAAAAGCGUCGUUGUUUCAUAUACAACAAUCAAUACUAUCAGCUCGACAUCUACAAGCAACCCACGCAUCCAAGGUGCCGUGGUCUUAUUCUUCUUGAGACGUACAGUGCUGCAUACGACCAAGAUACACUGCUGGCGUCUCUACCAAAGUUCUUAACUAUAGAGAAAGAAGUGACUGGCGAUCCCGCCUACUCUAUGUACAACUUGUCUCUAAAAGAGGACUGGAAGACUUCAAAAAGGUAUUAUAAAGGAAACGACAGCAACGGGCAUGCUAAAUGGUCGAACGGCCACAGUGAUUGCAAACUCAAUGGGUUUGAUAGUAAAACAAAUGGUCAUAGAGAUGAUAAACUGAACGGUUACUUGUACGAGAAUAGUAAGGUGAAUGGCUUCAAAGAAGAGCACGAGAAUAGUAAGGUGAAUGGCUUCAAAGGAGAUGUCGACGUAGGAGUUAAGAUGAAUGGUCACCAUGGUGUGAACGGUCGACCGAAGAAAGUGAAUGGCACUGCCAAUGGUGCCAUUCCCGUUGCUGUCAUGGGAAACUUGCAGAAUAAUGCCCACAAAAUGGAUCUCGGUACACCAAAGAUUCCCAAGGUUGCACUUAAGAUUUAAAACGGAUAUACGUCUAGGUUUACCAUAAUAUUGAACUGCAUUAAGAGAAUACAGUCAUAAGUCUCGCUGGAGAUUUUAUUUCAAUAAUUUUUGGUUUUUAUAAAAGUUUUUUUGGUUCUUUGCUUGCGCAUCUCAUCACUCUUAAUGUAUGCAGUAAUAAUCAAGACGUAUUAUAAAAUCGCUUGGGAUUUCCGUAGUUAAGUUUGAAACCGGAAUUUAUGGUAAGCCUAUCUAUUGUAUCCUAUUUUCUAGAUGUAAAUUUUAUAUAAAAUUCCACUUUGUAAUGUUUCAUUAUACACCAAAUUGUAAAUUAAUGUAUAAGAGUUGUUUAGAUACACCUUAUUAUAUAAACUAAUCUAACUUGACAUUUACCGCCAAUAUUCAGGAUGUAUGUAUGUAUAUCUCGUAUCUGCUGUGACGUUAUUGCAAAAAUGUAUUUAUUCAUAUUAUUGUACAAAAUGCCAAAUAAAAUCUAUUUUUGUAGUAUUCCUUGAGCAUAAUGUAUAUUUUACAUAUUAUGAUAUUGAUGCCACGAAAUAUCAAUGCACUCUUAUUAUAAAUAAUGAAAGACACAAAUUUAUUGGAAAUAAUUUGUAUUGUUUGUGCCUUCAUAUAAAAAUAUAUAUUGGGGAAAGUAAAUGUGACACCAAAAGUGUUAAUUUACUUUUUCUGAUGUCUGUUAGAGUACUUAAUGAAUUGCAAUAAAUGUUUAGUAUUGUUGCAGUAUACUUAGAUGGUUUUAGUAAUAAUUAUACUUCGUCAUAAUUAUUUAAAUGUAGAAUUUUAUUACUUUCAAUGAAAUAUUUCUAACUUUACAUAGAGAAGCUAUCGAGAUCCUUGAUGUGUUAAAUAGCGUAAAUUAUUUUUUUGGUAUUAUAUGUAUGUAGGUGAAUAAAAUAUUGCGCUAUCUAUUUCAUUUGUAGAUGUGAGACGAGUUUUGAAAAUCUUGAUGUCGUGUCGUCGUUCAUAGUAGUUAUUUAAUAUUUGAAUCUGGAGUCCAAUUUUUUUUAAUUUGAAUGAAAUGUAAGAUCUCCUACAUGUAUUUUAACUAAAUCUACAAUAUUUAUCAUAACAAUACCUUUUCUUUAUGGUUUUCAAUGAAAUAUUGCCACAUGGUAUGACUACUACACUAUGUAUAACUAUGCAGUAAGUACUGUACUUACAUCAAAUGGAUUUUAUAUGUAAUUUAACGUAAUUUACAAAUGUGUUCGAGCCAUGCAUUGUCAGCAUAACGUGUCUUAAUAUCAGCUAUAGCUGUUAGGGAGGCUAUUAUUUCUUUGGCAAAUGUCCACAACGGCAUCGUAAAUGGCUGUGCUAAUAAAAGGAGAUAAUAAGCACCGCCUGUUGUCUUAGGCAUGAGCGCCAACUCAACGAAUAUGCUAACAGCCUGUUUAAAUACUUCCGGUCACUGGCGUAGCGUGAGUCCUUAUUAACCCCCCCCCCCCCCCCCCCCCCAC